CCCACUUUCAUUGUCGACAUGGCGCUGGCGAGGUGGGAACACCAACUACGGAAAGAGCAAACCUCGUAAAGAGAUUGAAAGUUUACGGAUUUAUUUUUCCAUACUUUUGACGGCGGUCCAGAUUUGGAUUAACAGAGCUCAACAAGAUGAUGUCUGAUGCCAGUGACAUGUUGGCAGCUGCCUUGGAGCAAAUGGAUGGUAUCAUAGCAGGCUCCAAGGCUCUGGACUAUUCCAACGGCAUCUUUGACUGUCAGUCCCCGACAUCGCCCUUCAUGGGAAGCCUGCGAGCGCUAAACUUACUAGAGGACCUGAGGGGCAUACUGGAGCUCAUGGAGACUGAAGAGAGAGAGAGCUUGCGUUGCCAGAUCCCAGACUCCACCGCAGACAGUUUGGUGGAGUGGCUGCAUGGUCACCUGUCAAAUGGACACAUUUCCAUCUCUGGUGAUGUUUACCAGGACAGACUUAAUCGUCUUGAAAGUGAUAAAGAAUCCCUUGUGCUUCAGGUGAGUGUUUUGACGGAUCAAGUGGAUGCGCAGGGAGAAAAAAUAAGGGACCUAGACCUGUGCCUUGAUGAACACCGUGAAAAACUAAACGCCACUGAAGAAAUGUUACAGCAGGAGCUCCUGUGCAGGUCAGCAUUGGAGACACAAAAGCUAGAGCUGAUGACAGAAGUGUCCAAUUUGAAACUGAAGUUAGCAGCAAUGGAUAAAGAGAGACUUGAUUUUGAUGAGAGAUUCGGAGAUGAGGGUUUGAUUUUGGAGAUCAAUGAACUGAGAUAUCGCAUUUCUGAGAUGGAGAAUGAGCGGUUACAGUAUGAAAAGAAACUGAAAUCCACUAAGUCGCUAAUGGCCAAACUUUCUAGCCUGAAACUGAAAAUGGGCCAGAUGCAGUAUGAGAAACAGAGGAAGGAACAAAAAAUCGAGGCACUCAAGGAGGAGCUGGUUUCACUGAGGAGGCAGCAGGAGGGCAGAGAUGGUGUGGAUCUGCGGAGGCUGCAGGAUGAGAGCGGCUCCAGAUCCUCAACGCCCGCAGGCCUCGACGGCACAGAGAGAGUUUAUGUGAUGUUAAAUGUCAGUCUGAGAGUUAAUGUUUUGACAUUUAGUGUUUCUGAAAUGGACUUCAGCUUACUGAGCCUGUGCUUUGCAGAUAUGGAAGUACAGAAGAUGAAGAAGGCAAUGGAGUCGCUGAUGGCGGCAAAUGAGGAGAAGGAUCGCAAGAUUGAGGAGUUGCGGCAGUCACUAAUGCGUUACAAGAAAGUGCAAGAGAUGGUCAUGUCAGCCCAUGGGAGAAAAGAAAAGGUCAAAGAAGGAGACAGUGAUGAGAGUAACAGCGACAGCUCCCUCUCCAUGUCCACCGCUCUCUCCUUCUCCAUUGACACCGACAAAUCUCUGCUCGCGUACACAGAGGAAGCUGCCAGAGCUCAAAAUGAGGCCUCAACAUUCGUCAGUACACUCCAAGUGCCAUCGCUCACAGUGUCAUCACCAGACAAAGCAGACAGCGACUCAGUCCUGGAACACAUGCAGUCAAGUGAUAAAGAGUGCGAGGAGCCAGAUCAGUCACAGGAGACCCCAUUACAUGAGAGUCCCGAGAGUUCAGAAGUCACAAAAUCAGGGAGCCAAGGGAACCUCGAUGGGGGAACCAGUGAAAAGAGCAAAAAAUUUGAUGAGUUCAACAAGAUCACUACUUUACCACCCAAAUCGACAAGCUCUUCUGGUACUGCUGAGGAUGACAGUUUUGGCACCAGGAAAAUGAGAUCAUCAUUUGGACGGGGCUUUUUCAAGCUCAAGGGUGGCAAGAGGACUGCCAGCGCCCCAAAUUUAUCUGAGACGGAGAGGGACGGCACUGACCAUCUGGAUCUGGCAGGCCUGCCACAGAGGUCAGCUGACAGCGACAGCACACACACUCUCCCCAUUUCACCAGAGGGCAAGAAGAAGUCCAAAGGAUUUAAAGCACUCUUUGGAAAGCUCAAAAGAAGUCAGUCGACCACAUUCAACCUGGAUGAUAACCUGUCAGAAAGUGAGUUUAAGCGUGGUGGAGUCAGAGCCACUGCUGGACCCAGACUGGGAUGGUCACGUGACCUGCAGAACACCAACAGUGAUCUUGAUGCCCCAUUUGCACGAUGGUCCCGGGAGCAGGUGUGUGACUGGAUGCAGGAGCAGGGAUUGGGACUGUAUGUGACUUUGGCGAGGCAGUGGGUCUCUUCCGGGCAGACGCUUCUGCAGGCGUCCCAACAUGACUUGGAAAGAGAGCUGGGAAUAAAACACCCGCUACACAGGAAGAAACUCCAGCUGGCCCUGCAGGCUCUGGGCUCAGAGGAAGACGACAACAAGGGCAAACUAGACUACCACUGGGUUACAAGGUGGCUUGAUGACAUCGGCCUCCCGCAGUACAAGACUCAGUUUGACGAGGGACGAGUGGAUGGACGGAUGCUUCACUAUAUGACUGUGGAUGACCUGUUAUCUCUGAAAGUGGGCAGCGUUCUUCAUCACCUUAGUAUUAAAAGAGCCAUCCAGGUGCUCCGGCUCAACAACUAUGACCCCAACUGCCUGCGGCGAAGACCCUCAGAUGAGAACAACAUCAGUCCUGCUGAGAUCUCUCAAUGGACAAACCACCGUGUGAUGGAGUGGCUGCGGUCUGUUGAUCUGGCUGAAUACGCACCCAACCUGAGGGGCAGCGGAGUACACGGAGGACUGAUGGUGCUGGAGCCUCGCUUUAAUGUGGAGACGAUGGCUCUGCUGCUGAAUAUUCCCCCCAAUAAGACUCUGCUGCGGAGGCAUCUGGCCACUCACUUUAACCUGCUGGUGGGUUCCGAGGCCCAGCAGCUCAAACAGGAGUGUCUGGAGAAUCCAGAUUACGCUUUACUCACUGCCACGGCUAAAGUCAAGCCACAUAAGCUGGCAUUUGUGGGGUUUGGGAGAAAAAAGAAGCAGGAGGACAAUGAAGAGUAUGUGUGUCCCAUGGAUGUGGAGAUGCCCAAAGGACGCAGCUUCCAGAAGGGCUACAGAGGCAUGGAGCUCCAGAUCUAUGAUGAUGACCUCGAUCGACUGGAUCAGAUGGAAGACUCUGAAGGGACAGUGAGACAGAUUGGAGCUUUCUCUGAGGGCAUCAACAACUUAACGAGUAUGCUGAAGGAUGACGAGUUCUUCUUCCCCAAUGCCAGCGUGAAGGAUGACGACUCCAACGUGUGAGAAGGAGACCCUCACUCUCGCUGCUUUAAUGCCAACUGACUGUGCCAACACCUCCAUAUGAAUGCCAAAUAUACACGUCAGCUCCAUGAAACACCAUUUCAAAGUAUUUAUUACAUUACAAUAUGCCUUUUAAGAACAUUGUAAUAAUAAGAGAGUUUGAAGAAUGUCUGCCCUGUUUUUUAUCAGAUUGUUAGUGGUCUUGUUUAUUUUAUGCUGUUUUUUUUUUUUUUUUUUUUCUUAAAAUGAAUAGCAGUCCUACUGAAGUUUGCUGGUCAUUUUUAAAUCAUCUUCCUGGAUAAAUCUGUGACAGGUUGUUACAUAUAUUGGUGUUUGUGCCAGUUGUUAUGGUGGCAGAAGAGCACAAUGACACUUUCAGUCAAAAUCAAAGAUAUAUUUUAUAUGGAUAAGUUAAAGUUGUACACUGCUAAUACUGAUACUAGCAUUGACCUGUUGGAUCCAGGUGCAUUCUUAAACAUGAUGUUAAAAGUUUAGAUGUUUUUGACUUGUACAUUUUCUUUUCUUAAGCCAGUAUAUGCAGAAUUAAUGCAUAUGCUUAAAGCAUUUGCAUGCAAAAUUCUGUACAAUAUUUUACAUCUUGUUUGUAAAGGUUUGCAUGUUAUUUAAGGCUCGUUUGGAUAAAAUAUUUGUACUUUAAUGAGCGUUUAUUCUGAUUUAUUUUUCCACUGCUGCAGUACUUAAAGGAUGGCAACGUUCUCAUUUAUGAAAAUGCUAUCAUGUAGCAUCAAUAUUUAAUGCAAUACUGGCAUAAGCACAAAAUUGUAAGCAGCUGGGAAUUAUAUUUAAAAUAAAUACAUAGUGCCACUCAUAACCAUUUCAGAGUUACAUGUUUGUACUUUGUUGACGUUUACUCGUUUUUUUUAAAGGAGAAUAAAAGAUGAAAAACUU